AUGAGAAUUGAUACCUUGGGAGAUGGGAUAGGAGACGGAGGAGAGGAGAUUGGGAGCGACGAAAUGCCAACUGAUUACCCACUGUUGACAGGAACAGACCACUGGAGACGUAAAAUUCGAACGACUUUUCAGCGUUUGGAUGCCAACGCCGAUGGGUUCCUUACUAAGGAAGACUUUGUGUCCACUGGUCAAACCCUUAUAGAUUAUGUGGGCCUCACUGGCGAAAGAGCUGAGCGCACGUUAAAUGGAAGAAUUGACCUAUGGGCAUCUCUGGCUGGAGACAGAACGCGCAUCACAGAGGAUGAAUACAUCCGUGAAAUUAUGUCACUCAUGAACGGGAAACACUUUCGAGAAGAGUUGCACUGCACUUUGAUUUGUACAGAGUUCAAUACGAUUGAUAUCGAUGGCGAUGGCUUCAUAUCCAAGGAAGAGCAUGCUGCUUAUUAUUACAGUUUUAACAUCCCAACUGAAUGCUCCAAGGACGACUUUGAUGUAAUGGACACCAACGGAGAUGGCCUCGUUUCAAUUGACGAGUUUGCCGAAAGUUAUCUCGAAUUUUGGUUAACCGAAGAUCCAAAUAACAUCUACAACCAAAACUAUGGGCCACUCCUUGAUUGA